CAGGGGGAUUGGGAAGUUGAGCAUCAUUGCACCGUCGGGAAGUCGGAAAAACUGAUUUCUGUUUCCCUGGAUUUAAUCGUUUUAAUUUUUUCUGCAAUGAACAAACCAACUUACGAUGAUUCCCUUACAUCUUAGGAAGUUUUCUGAGAAGAACAAGAUUGCGUUGUAAAUGUAUCAAGAACUUGGAACCAAGCAUGAAAAAGGCGAUCAAGCCCACGGCCGCCACCUCCAGAACCUCAGCGGGCACUAAAGCCCCAAGCAGAUCAGACGGAAACAGCAUUAUGGGCACAGGUGGCAAGAUGACAAACAAAACCCAGAAUUCUGCUCCACUAUCAAAGGCAAAAAGCAAUGAUGAUCUCCCAGCGGUGAGUUCAGGAUCAGUAUAUGUUAGCAACAGUAACACUACAGCUAGAAACAAGAGAGGAACUUCUCAGAGCACCAGCAGUACUGAGACCAGGUCCAAGACCAGCUCAGGCAGUCUAUCAGGAAGGCGUGGAACAUCGUGCACGACCAAGGACCCAAGCACAACCCGAGAGAAUUUGCGAGAACGUUCCCGAGUCAGUGCUGUCAAAAAGCUCGCCGGACCCACUGAUGCUAUGCAUCAGAAGCGGUCGCGAUGCCGCACUGUUGUUGAGUCUGAGUCUCUCAUGAGCAAGUCACGCUCAGACAGCCAGAUAAGCAAUAAAGCAGUGCUGGAGUGUCGAGUGAAGGACCUAAUGGGCCUAUCCAAGAGUAAAGACCUGGAGAUCCUCCAUCUCCGCUCUGAACUUAGAGGUAUGAGAGCCCAGCUCGGUCUGGAAGAUCUUCGACCUCCUGAAUCAACAGAAGAGUCCAAGCUGACCCAAGAAAAGGAAGUUUGUCCUGUGAUCAGUGCCACAGAUGUGGAGUCCACACUUCUCCUCCUUCAAGAUCAGAACCAGGGCAUCCUUGAUGAGCUAAAUAUGUUGAAGAGUGAAAACCGCAUGCUGAAGGAUCGCCUAAAUGCCCUUGGCUUCUCUCUGGAGCAUCGCCUGGAAAGUACAGACAAAAUUCUACGCUGCCCUUCUCUUAGUCCUGAGCCUGUAUCUGGAACUACCAGCGAAAACGGAGGUGGCGAUAUGCAGGCAUCUUUUGCUGAAGGCUCCACUCAAGGCUCUACCGAAGACUUGCUGUCAGAACCGAGACGUGUUGGAUCUCCCGAUGCAGUGGACAGUGAAUGCAGCGAGGCCUACCAGCCAAUAACCUCCAGCGAUGAUGCUCUGGAUGCACCUUCAGGUUGCGGAUCGUCUUCCGAAUCGGAAGGUGGGCCGCCGAGCAGGGAACAUUCCCGCCGGGGCAGCAGCGGGAACACCAGCGAGGUUUCGGUGGCUUGUCUGACCGAGCGCAUCCACCAAAUGGAGGAGAAUCAACACAGCACGGCAGAAGAACUCCAGGCCACCCUGCAGGAACUUGCAGACUUGCAGCAGAUCACGCAAGAGCUGACAACCGAAAACGAACGUCUGGGUGAAGAGCGUGCCAUUCUGGUCGACUCCCUUUGUCAGCAAGGGGAGCGUCUGGAACUCUACGGAAGACAGCUGGAUUAUUUCCGUGGCCUGCUUGAUGAACACCGUGUGGCUUACGCCGAGGACGGCAAAAGCGUGCGUUAUAUGGAGUUGGAGAGGCGCUACGCAGAGUUAAACGAGGGCUCGCGUUUUGAAAGAGAGCAACUUUUAGGAGUUCAGCAACAGCUGAGCAGUGCGCUCAAGAUGGCGGAAGAGGAAAACGCGGAAGCUCAAGGCCUGAUGUCGGCGUUGAAGGAACGCGUCCACAUGGCCGAGAGAGCCGUGGAAAUGGAGAGGAGGGAGCGGGCCGUAGCCAAAGCAGAGCUGGAAGCACUGAGGGUGGUGUCUGAACGGGAGCAGGUAGAGCUAAACCGCUGCAGAAUUCAGCUUGAGCAGGAGAGGCAGAGAGUGGCCCAACUCUUGUCCAUUCACAACGCGGGGGAUAAGAGCGACAUACGCCACCUGCUGGACAGCGAGAGGUUAGACAAGGAGCGAGCCGAGGCCAAAGCAGCUCAGCUGCAAGAGGAACUGGGACACACUCGAAAUGAAGCUGCCCAGCUGCAGGAGGCAAUAAGCAAGUUGGAGAGUGAGUUCCGGGCAUUCCGUGGUGACGUUCAGAUGAGGUUAGCCGAGCAAAAGCGGCUUCUGGAGCAGCAGUGCUCUGAGCUGGAGGAGAAGGACACCGAGAUCGCCGACAUGAAAGAGACCAUCUUUGAGCUUGAGGAUGAGGUUGAGCAGCAUCGUGCCGUCAAGCUCCACGACAACCUCAUCAUCUCUGACCUGGAGAAUUCCAUCAAAAAGCUUCAUGAUCAGAAAUAUGACAUGGAGAAGGAGAUUAAGGUCCUUCAUCGAAAAUUGCGGGAAGAGUCAGCUGAGUGGCGGCAGUUCCAGACUGAUCUGCAGACGGCCGUCGUCAUCGCCAACGAGAUCAAGACAGAAGCUCAGGAGGAGAUCGGGGACCUACGGCGUCGCCUACAGGAAGCUCAAGAGAAGAAUGAGAAAAUGAGCAAAGAGCUGGAGGAACUUUCGAACAUGAAACAGGAUGAGGAACGCGGACGCGUGUAUAAUUACAUGAAUGCCGUAGAGAGGGACCUGGCCGCUCUAAGGCAGGGGAUGGGCCUGAGCCGACGUUCCUCAACUUCCUCUGAACCAUCGCCCACCGUCAAAACACUCAUUAAGAGCUUCGACAGCGUCUCACAAGGUCCUGUUCCGGCCAGUCCACCAGCUGUUGCCGCUGCGGUCGCAAUCUCCAGAACCCCCCUCAGCCCCAGCCCAAUCAAAACCCCCCCUGCCGCUGCGGUCUCUCCCAUACAGAGACACACCAUUAGCUCAAGCAAACCUUUGUCAUCUCUUCUGGAUAAGAGGCCGAGCUACACGGAGCUGAGCAUGCCAGCAGACCAUAUCCUCCGUACAUCACCUGUUACACGCACCGGCUGCGGCCUACAGAGGGUGCCAAACAUGGACUCGUCCAAAUCUAUAUCAGUUUCUCGCAGAAGCAGCGAGGAGUUGAAAAGAGAUUUGUCGGUCACGGAUGCGUCAGCCCCCUCGUCGAUCAUCACGUUAGGCUCCUCUUCUCCUCAGCUAUCUUUGUCAUCUAACUCCUCCCCGACCGCCUCUGUCACGCCCACCUCACGGGGACGUUUACGAGAGGAGAGGAAGGACCCGCUGUGCGCGCUAGCCAGAGAAUACGGAGGAUCCAAGAGGAACGCUCUGCUCAGGUGGUGCCAAAAGAAGACUGAAGGUUAUCAGAACAUCGACAUUACGAACUUCAGCAGCAGCUGGAACGAUGGGCUAGCUUUCUGCGCCAUCCUUCACACCUACCUUCCGGCUCAUAUCCCUUACCAUGAGCUCAACGGCCAAGACAAGAGGCGAAAUUUCACGUUGGCCUUCCAGGCUGCAGGAAGUGUGGGGAUUAAAUCUACACUGGACAUCAGUGAAAUGGUGCACACAGAAAGACCCGACUGGCAGAGUGUCAUGACCUACGUGACGGCCAUUUAUAAGUAUUUUGAGACAUGAGAAUCUUCUUUUGGAGUGUCCCCGCAAUGUGCAUUAAAACAUUUCCCAGAAGCCUCAGCUGUGUGUGGUGCCAACAACUUAUGUGAAGCACAUAUCAGGACAUUUUGCCUUUUCGGUGUUUUCCUAUAAUUCCCAGAAUUAAGGAAGUUGGAAGGAUCAUGAAAGACCUGCAAGGACCUUUGGAUCAAACAGCCAUAUGUUCCCUGUCCAGCUUCCCAAAGGAAUUGCCAAACUUUUCAUCCUGAUGAUCAAAGGUGCAUUGCAUCGUGCCAGCCAAGGAACAAAGCUGUACAUUUUACACAAAAGAUUGCCUUUGAAAGGUGCCUUGUUUUGUAGUUUUGUCAUAAGGAUGGCCUCUGUGUAGCAGUGUUCAACAUUAGAUUUGUAUUAGUUUAGAUCAGAAUUUAUUUAUUUCAAAGUGUCACAACAGACUUUGGCCACACAAAUUAUUUUUGCUUAACUGAAAUAAGCUCACAAUACUUUGUUUUGUUUGGUGUGUUUUUCAAAUACUGUAAAUACGGCAGGGUCCUUACUUUUGUUGCGUUUAAAAUGUUGUUUUUGUUUUCAUACACUAAAUGAAUGCUAAUUCUGAAUGUAUGUACUUUUUUUAUUAAAUCCAUUCCAACCGAACGUUUAUAAUUAAAAUGAUGCAAGACUUGUUUUUGUUAACAAAAUAAGCAAAAAUAAAAUCAUGGCUGCUUUUUUGUUUGUUUCACAGGAUAUUUUUACUGUGUCUGUUCUUUUUGUUUAAGCACUACUAAUGGUUAUUUGACACAUAAGACCAGCUGGGUUCUGGAAGCUUGCUGAUUCGGUUUGACUUUGUUUUAUGGAUGUAAAAGCACAAGGCUUGUGAGUGUGUCGUCACCAAAAUUAAAGACCUCAGACAACAGUCCAUACACUUGAUCUAUUUGUGGUUUGUUUCUAUCAACAUGCAUUGUACUGUCAUAGUUAUUGCCUAAGCUCUCCUUCCACACACAAAGGAUACUUUCAUCCGGUGCCUUACAUUAAAAAUGAGAAUGACAGCACAAUUGUUGUGAAAUUUAUUCUGAAAUGUAACUUUCUGUCUUCAUUGUCUUUUGCGUUUUGCUAGGUUCAUUUCACAUCUUGUAAGAACGCAUUCAAACAUACUUGAAGGGAUUAAGUGGGAAUAUUUGUCCUUGUGUUUUGUUCAUGUACAGAAUGAAUUUUAUGUGAAGAGCAAAUACUUUUUGUGUGAAAGAUUUAAUUUAUUUAAUUUGGCUUCAGAGUUGUGUUGUUUUUUGUUUUGUUUUAGAAUGCUCUGUGGCAUGUCAGUGUGUUCAUGACAAGGAACUUUUUUGUUUAUUUUUCAAAGAUCUUGUAAGAUUUGAUAGUUCUUCUGAUACGGAAUAACACGUUUGCUACCAUCUUAGAGCCAUACCUUUGUACUGUUAAUCAUCAUUUUUAUUUGCAUAAAAUCAAAAAUAAGGCCAAUAUUGGCACCACAGAAAACCACCUUAUAUGUUUGACAUGAAAAUGUGUUGUUUAAAAUGAGAAAAUGAAUUGUAAGAAUUGUCUGCAUAAAUACAGUUUAUUAUUUCGA